CAACCCCACCCGCAGCCUCCGCGUCUGCGCAGCCGCGGUCGAUGCAGCGCCGGCUCUGCAGUGCCCGGACAGGGUCUGGCCGGGGAGGGUUCUGAACCUUGUGCCUGGGCCACUAGACAGGAUCCUGGAACGGGAGGAGACUGAGAAAGACAGAGGCUUCAUCGUGCCUCCAGGCCUGUUGUAGAAGCGCCACCUCUCGGGGAGAUGCAGAGUCUCAGGCCUGAGCAGAUACGGGGACUGCUGGAGCCGGAGAGGGCCAAGAUGCUGCUGCCUCGGGAGAGCAGGGCCUGGGAGAAGCCGCCCCAUCCCACCUUCGCCAAGGACUGGGAGGCUGUGGAGGUCGGGGCCCCCAGCUGUGACGGCAAUGAAAAAGACCUGUCUUCUCAAGAGAUUUCACUUUCCCAGGACUGGAGCUCAGUGGAGGAAGAGGAUGAGUCAGAGGACUCCCAGGGCUUUGUGGAGUGGUCAAAAGCUCCACAACAAACGACCAUAGUCUUGGUAGUGUGCGUGCUCUUUUUGUUUCUGGUUUUAACGGGGAUGCCAAUGAUGUUUCACAUAUAACUUUGAGGGUGGCUGCUAUUUGGAAAUAAAUGCCCUGAGCCAUAUGAAGGGAGUGUUCUGGUUAAAAAUCAGGAAUGGGUAUUGAAUUUUAUCAAAUGCCUUUCAGAAUCCAUUGAGAUGAUUUUUUUUUCCUUUUGAAUUUAACCUACUGCUGUGAGAAUUUACAUUACUGUAUUUCAUUGAACUUAAGACAUUAUCAAUUGUAAGACAUUAUUUCAUAUGUCACUGGGGAGGAAAAAAAUGCUACUUAAUAAGAAUCCAACUGGAACAGCCAUUCAGAGAAGGUAAAAAAUUGCAAUUUUGGAUUGAUGAAAUAUGGUAGUAAAUUUCCUAAUAUCAAAUAAUCUGUGCAUUCUUAGGAUAAAAUUUUUGAUGUGGUGCACCAGUCUUUUCCAAUAGUGAAUUCUGUUCCUUGAUGUUUCAUGUAGGAUUCUUGUUAUCUUCAUAUGUGAGAUUGGUGCUAUCUUUGUCAAAUUUCGGUAUCGUAGCUAAACUUGCAUCAUAGAAGGACUUAAGCAACAUUGCCUUUUUCUAUGCUUUUGAAUAGUUUCUAUAGCUGAGAAGUAGAAAUUCCUUGACAUUUUGGAAGAAUUCACCAGUAAAGUCAUCAGGUCUUAGUGAAAGUUUCAGCUAGUUCUUAGACAGUUUUCUCAGUUUCUUCCCGUUAUCAGUUUAUAGAGACUUUCUACUUCUUAGGUUAAUUUUGAUCAUUUAUAGUUUUCUUUUAACCCCUAGGAAAUUCUUCUCAUUGAGCUUUUCAGAUAUUAGCUCAUAAUUAUGCAUAGUAUUUUAUAAUUAAACACAAAUCUUCUGUAUUUGUUCUAUCCCUAUUCCUCUUUCAACUUCUGUUUGCAGUCUAUGCAUUAUUAGAUUUGUCAAAGAUUUAUCUAGUUUACUAUUGUUUUUCCAAAGAACCAGCACUUGGAUUUAUUUAUAUCCAUUAUUUCUCUCAUUUGUAAGUAGUUUGUUUUUCUUUAAUAUGUAUUAGGUUUAUUUUUUAUUGUUUUGUAUUCCUCGUCUCAAUUUUUAAGUUGAAUACUUAAUUCAUCUAUUUUCUAUUCUUAAAAAUAUUAUUUCAUACAAUAAUAUAUUUAAUAACAUAAAUGUACUUCUGGUUAUAGCCUUGGCCACAUCUUAAAGUUUGGUCAUUCAUGUUCUUGUUUAUGUUGUUGUCUAAAUAUAAUAUCACAAUGUUUCUAAAGAGUGCUUCAGAACUCAGUGAUUGGGUUUAGUUUUUGUUUAAAAAUAGUUUCAUUUUCUUGUUUCCUGCACUGUGAACAGAGGAUGUGGCCUAUAAAAUAUAUGCUUUCAAAACCUUUUUAAAAGCUUUUACUGUGGCCUAGAACAUGUCUAAUUUCUGUAAAUAUUUCAAGGACAUUUAAGAUGAACAUGUGUUCUCCUGUCUAUUCAAUUAAAAAUUCUACAUGUCUGUUAAUUAACUGUCUUAUUAAUUAUACCAUUCAUAUUCAUGUGUCAUUUAAUUCUGGCCUACGCUAUCUGUCAAAAACCCAUAGGGUUGUGUGAAAAUCAGUUACUAUGAUUGUGUCUCUGUCAAUAUAUUUUUAUAAUCUUUGCCUCAUGUAUUAGCAGCUAUGAAAUUUGAUGCUUACAACUACAACAUUAUUAUGUCUUUGCAAUUUAAAUAAUAUAUGUGAAACAUCAAGCACAGAUCUGACGGG